AUGGCGUUAGCUUUUCAGGAAGAGCUGCUAGAGCGGUACACGGACUUGGAACUGGCUCAUUACAUUGCAUCCUCGCCGUCGUGUACGUCUAGCUCUCGGGUAUUCAACCUCUCCUCGAAUCUCAUAGCCAAGAUAUAUAGGACCUCAGAGGUCGAAGAUGCUUUGAAGGCUACCGAAGUCGCCAGCCAGCUUGGGAUCCGCGGUCCUUCUGUACGAAAGGUGCUCAAAAACCGAGGGCGUGCUUACACUAUCAUGGAUCGGGUCGAGGGAACUACGCUAGACGUCGUCUGGAAGGAACUGAGCUGGUUCAUGACAAUUAAGCUUGGUCUGCAGCUUCGCCAUUUCGUGAAAAUUCUCAGAUCUGUUACCUCACCAACUGCCGGAUCGCUCACGACAGGCGAAUGCAGGUCUUUCUGGCUAGAAGAUCGCUACGGUCUUCCGGCGAAUUCUGGCUCAGCCGCAUUUGCCCACUUCUUCCGAUUCUGGACGAACUUUACAUCUAUAGCGAGCGAUGCAAGCAUCAAAGCAACCUCAAGUACCAGACUCACCAGAUUUCACUGGUGGGGUGCCAAUGACCAUCGAACCAUUCGUCUUGACUCAUCAUGA